UAUUCAUUGUGGAGAUGGAUAGGAACAGGCAGAAUGAGAAUUUGGGUGUAAACAAAUUGGGGAAAAACAUUAGGAAGAGUCCAAUACACCAACCAAAUUUUGGUAAUAAUAAUGCUGCUAGGCCUCAACCCCAGCCACAAAUUUACAACAUAAGUAAGAAUGAUUUUAGGAAUAUUGUUCAGCAGCUUACAGGUUCACCAUCUCAAGAUAAUCAACCUCCUCCUAGACCUCCACAAAAUCCACCAAAAUCCCAAAGCAUGCGGUUGCAGAGAAUAAGACCUCCUCCGUUAACACCGAUUAAUCGACCGAAUAUACCUGCUCCUAUCCCUGCCCCUGUUCCCGUUCCUCCACCACAAGCUCUAGUCAAUAACAAUGUGCCUAGGCCUCCACAAUUUGCUCAGCCACCUCCAAGACAGUUGCCACCAGUGGCAAUGGGAGGCGACUCGCAUUGGCCGAACCCUGCUGCUGAGUCUCCUAUUUCGGCGUAUAUGCGUUACCUUCAAAAUUCAAUGAUGAAUCCAUCUCCAGUAGGAAAUCAAGCUCAAUUUAUACCACAAUCUCAGGUUCCUGGUCAAAUGCAUCCUCCUCAUGCACCUCCACCGGGUUUAUUGCCUAAUCCUAAUCCUAAUCCACCCGUUCCUGCUCUUCCAUCCCCAAGGCUUAAUGGUCCUCCACCCCCUAUCCCAAACUUCCCUUCACCACACUGGAACGGUCCCGCCCUUUUACCUUCCCCGACUUCCCAGUUUCUAUUGCCUUCUCCUACUGGUUACUACAAUUUGUUGUCUCCCAAAUCACCGUAUCCGUUACUCUCACCGGGGAUCCAGUUUACUCCGCCGCUGACUCCUAAUUUCGCAUUUCCAUCCAUGCCUCAAUCAGGGAUCUUAGGUCCAGGGCCUCAUCCGCCACCUUCACCAGGGGUUCUGUUCCCUUUAUCUCCCUCGGGGAUUUUUCCCAUCUUGAGUCCAAGAUGGAGAGAUCAAUAACCCUUCCUCGGAGUGUUUUCGUGCUGAAGAUCUCCAUGCCUGCUGACAUUUUCAUCUACUUGUGAAGAUGGUUGCCAAACUCAUGUUGAAAGCUAGCUGGCUGCCCUUUUCGUGUUUUAUAUCUCUCAAUUAGUUUGAUUUUUCCUUUUAACACUUUAAAUUGUAAAAUCUUUUUGCUUCUCAUUUUCGCUCUGGAAAAAGUCUAAUCCUGUAACCUGUAGUCUUGUAUAAUGCUUUUCCCUCUCCUUUGUAGGACAAGUUCCUAUUAGGCAAUAUAGUGAAAGAUCAAGUUAUCAAAAUUGUAUUACUAUAUGUAACAGGAAGAACAGAGCUGUAACCUUAGACAUAGGGAUCAUAGAUGUCAAGUUGAUAGCUUUGUCGGUUGGUUGGUCGGUCGGUCGGUCGGUUUAGUUGAAUAAUAGUCCAAUUCUGUAAGAUGAUGGAAUGAAUAUUGUUUGAUAUCUAAGUUCUUUUAGCUGGUUUAUAGAAGGAAAUGUUGAAGAAGUGAAUUUUUUUUA